UUGGGGCUGACGUUCGUUCGUCUAUUGAAUUUGUUUACAUGUUGUAAACAAUUUGAUAUUUUAAUGGCAAAGACAUUUCUCUUGAAUAAUGUGACAAUCAAACAGUGAUCAGACUCUCCUUGUUUUUAAUAUCCGUGAAUAAUUAUUUAAGAUGAGAUUUGCGCGGCUGUUUUUCUUCGUUGUUUUGGUUUUGGGACUGUCGUGCAGUGCGGGGGCGGGAGUCAUUGGUGAUCAAUGCGACUGGAUUGGCAGUGGGCUGACGUCGAACGCCGAGCGAGGUGUUACACCCGUGUACCUCCGUUGCCGUGAGGGCAGCGUGUCCUGGAUGUACCCUCGGGGUGCCUUGCGUCUGUUGUUCCGCCCUCCACUACCAGCCGACGAACGGGACUUCAGAGUGUGCAUACGGGUCGUACGGAGACCGGACCCGCCCGACCUAUUUCACACCUUGCAGCUUAAUGAAACAGAAGCUGCGGACAGAUUCCCGGCGCGUUUGUUCGUAGAAGGCGCAAAGAGAUUAGAGCCUUUGUACGCUCCUAACGACGGCGACCCGAGAGAGCUACGCUGUUUCCGGAGCAGAAAAGGCCGGGCCGCUUUGUACGUUGAGGCGGAACCCGAAGAUGGGCCCAAGAAACGAGUGGCCGCCUUAAAGUAUGAAGCUCGGUUGCUCGACAAGAGACACUAUGAUCCGGCCACAUCAGAAUGCAGACCGUGCACCGAGGCCGAGAUGGAAUUAGCCUUCUGCACAAGCGAUCUAGUAUCUCGAGGAGUGAUUGUUGGAAGCGAACAGCGCGAGGAUUUGGAUACGACUCAACUGACUCUUCGACUGACCAAACUCAUCAGAGCCACGGCCAGGGAAAACGAACAGGACAAGAUAGAUCAAGAAAACGAUGAAUAUUAUAGGUACGACGUGGACAACGCUAUCGAGCACAAGCCCCGCAGAAGGCACAGAGCUCGACGGAAAGAACGAAGUCUGCACGCGCACGUUCACGUCUCGUCGACGUGCGGAGCUUCCGCUGGUGCCGGAGAGUUCCUUGUCAUGGCCAGACGAAGGUUAGGCCGAUACUCACUUGUAUGCGCGCCCAGAGUUGAUGAUUGGGUACAGCUAGUUCUGAAGAGAAAUGCUGAUGGAACCGCUCAUUGUUUAUUACAACACUAAUUUAAAAUUUCCUAGCUGACGCGUUUGAAGUUACUAAGUACACUUUAAAUCGUAUGGGACCAAAAAUGAUAGUAAACAUUUCGGUAUUCGUAUUAAUUUAUGAAUGGCUCAUAAAAGCAAUUAAGAAGCG